AACGCCAGUGGGUGUCGAUGCUAGCUGCGUAUCAUAGUAAAACAAAGGCACGUGCUAACAAGCCCCGCCCCCGCCAUGUGACUGCGAGUCCUGGGCCAGGCGGACUGACUCAGCCGCUCCGUCACGCCGCGUCAGUCCGGAGUCGCACAAUUAUGAAAAAGCAACCUUCCGUUGGAGCUGUAGCCGAAGCGGAUCUCACCAACGUCCACCGGGCUUUCCUUCCGAGGCUAACACAGAGCACCGCCGAUAGAUGGAUAAAAGCCCCGACGAGGCGUACCAACGGUGACGAGAAUGUCCCAGAAACCUUGGAUAGAAAGCACUUUCACCAAGAGGGAAUGCGUGUACGUACUUCCAGUGUCAAAGGACCCCCACAGAUGCCUUCCAGGAUGCCAGAUUUGCCAGCAGCUAGUCCGGUGCUGCUGCGGGCGGCUGGUGCGACAGCAUGUUGGCUUCACAGCCAGCUUGGCCCACAAGUACUCGGACGUGAAGCUGGGUGAGAACUCCGGCAGGCCCAGGCCGGAGUUGGAGGAGUGGUCGGUGGAAAAACACACAGAGGCCAGACCCACUGACGCCUAUGGUGUCGUUAACUUCCAGGGAGGCUCGCACUCCUACAGAGCCAAGUAUGUGCGUUUGUCCUACGACUCUCGUCCGGAGACCAUCCUACGGCUGAUGCUGAAGGAGUGGCACAUGGAGUUGCCCAAGAUCCUCAUCUCUGUCCACGGGGGAGUCCAGAAUUUUGAUAUGCACCCGCGCAUCAAGCAGGUGGUGGGCAAGGGUCUCAUCAAGGCUGCCGUCACUACGGGCGCCUGGAUUCUCACCGGCGGGGUCAAUACAGGUGUAGCAAAGCAUGUAGGCGACGCUCUCAAAGAGCACUGUUCCAGAUCAUCAAAGAAGAUUUGCACUAUUGGGAUUGCAUCCUGGGGAUUUAUUGAAAACAGGAAUGACCUAAUCGGCAGAGACAUCAUCGCUCCGUAUCAGACGCUACUCAACCCUCUCAGCAAACUCAACGUUCUCAACAACCUCCACUCACAUUUUCUCCUGGUGGACGACGGCACGGUGGGCAAGUACGGCGCGGAGGUACAACUGCGACGGGACCUAGAGAAGCACAUCAACCUCCAAAGAAUACAUGCGCGUAUUGGUCAAGGUGUUCCUGUAGUGGCACUCAUCUUCGAGGGCGGUCCCAAUGUGAUCUUGACCGUGCUUGAUUACCUUCAGGAAAGCCCUCCUGUCCCGGUGGUGGUGUGUGAGGGAACGGGCCGAGCUGCUGACAUACUGGCGUAUGUCCACAAGCAGACCGAGGAGGGAGGCGGUCUUCCAGAUGGCGUGGAGGCAGACAUCAUUGCAACCAUCAAGAAAACCUUCAACUUCAGCCAGAGUGACGCCAUCCAUCUUUUUCAGACUUUGAUGGAGUGCAUGAAGAGGAAAGAAUUGAUCACUGUGUUUCACAUCAGCUCAGAAGAGAGCCAGGACAUUGACGUUGCCAUCCUGAAGGCCUUACUCCAAGGUACAAACGCGUCUGCCUUCGAUCAGCUGGUCCUGACUCUAGCCUGGGACCGUGUGGACAUUGCCAAAAAUUAUGUGUUUGUGUACGGACAGCAGCUUUUGGUUAGCUCUUUGGAACAAGCCAUGCUCGACGCACUCGUCAUGGACAGAGUGGACUUUGUCAAGUUACUAAUUGAAAACGGCGUCAGCAUGCACCGCUUCCUGACAAUCAGUCGACUGGAAGAGCUUUACAACACGAAACAACCUCCUAACAAUCCAACUCUUCUUCACCUGGUUAGAGAUGUUAAGCAGAGUCACCUGCCUCCAAAUUACAAGAUCACCUUGAUUGAUGUCGGCCUGGUUAUUGAGUACCUGAUGGGUGGGACCUACAGGUGCAACUACACCAGGAAACGCUUUAGAAUCAUUUACAACAAUCUCCAUGGCAACAGUCGGAGGUCUGGGCGCCACCCAACCGGUCCGGGCUCUCAUUUGAGGAAAAGUCAUGAGUCAUUCAGCAUGCAGGCCGAUAAAAAGGAGAAGACGAGGCACAACCAUUUCAUCAAGACUGCACAGCCUUACAAACCCAAGCUGGAGUCCACCAAAGAGCAGAACAAAAAGCGGGUCAAAGAAGAGAUCGUGGACAUCGACGACCCAGAGACAAGGCGCUUUUCCUACCCAUUCAAUGAACUGCUGGUGUGGGCCGUACUCUUGAAACGGCAGAAAAUGUCGCUGUUCUUCUGGCAGCACGGCGAGGAAAACAUGGCCAAGGCUCUGGUGGCCUGCAAGCUUUGCCGUUCGAUGGCUUACGAGGCCAAGAAGAGCGACGUGGUGGACGAUACGUCUGAGGAGCUAAAGGAGUACUCCAAUGAGUUUGGCACGUUGGCAGUAGACCUGCUAGAGCAGUCCUUCAGACAGGACGAGACCAUGGCCAUGAAGCUGCUCACCUACGAACUAAAAAACUGGAGCAACUCCACCUGUUUGAAGCUGGCUGUUUCUUCUCACUUGCGACCCUUUGUGGCUCACACCUGCACCCAGCUGCUGUUGUCUGACAUGUGGAUGGGGCGACUAAACAUGCGCAAGAACUCCUGGUACAAGGUCAUUCUGAGCAUCCUGGUGCCUCCUGCCAUUCUGCUGUUGGAGUACAAGUCCAAAGCUGAAAUGGCUCACAUCCCGCAGAGCCAGGAUGACCACCAGAUGACCAUGGAGGAUAGCGAAAACAACUUCCAGAACAUAGCUGACGACAUUCAAAUGGAUGUGUUCAAGGAGGCCAGAUCCUCUGAUCCUAUUGAGUCAAAAACUGACAUGGAGAUACCCAUUCGUGCAAGGAAGCUGCCGUUAACCAGAAAAAUAUACGCCUUCUACCAUGCUCCCAUUGUCAAGUUCUGGUCCAACACGCUGUUUUAUUUGGGUUUUUUGAUGCUCUACUCCUACGUGGUCCUGGUGAGAAUGCCAGAAUGGCCUUCUCCUCAAGAGUGGGUGGUCAUCCUCUACAUCUUCACCUCUGCUAUCGAGAAGAUCCGAGAGAUGUUUAUGUCAGAAGCAGGAAAAAUAAGUCAAAAGAUAAAAGUGUGGUUUGAUGACUACUUCAACGUCUCCGAUUUUCUGGCCAUCAUUUCCUUUUUUAUCGGCUUCGGCCUGAGGCUGGGCGGAGGGAAAGCCUUCAUCCCUGGCAGGACGGUUUACUGUCUCAACAUCAUCUUCUGGUAUGUGCGACUCCUCGAUAUCCUGGCUGUCAACCAGCAAGCUGGACCCUAUGUCAUGAUGAUUGCCAAAAUGGUUGCCAACAUGUUUUACAUUGUGGUGAUCAUGGCCAUUGUCCUGCUCAGCUACGGCGUUCCCCGCCAAGCCAUCCUAUACCCCGACGAAGAGCCAAGCUGGACGCUGGCCAAAGAGGUGGUGUUCCAGCCGUACUGGAUGAUGUACGGGGAGGUGUAUGCAUAUGAAAUCGAUGUGUGUGCCAACAACAGUGAUCAAAACGUGAAGAACUUGUGUGAGAACGCAGGAGUGUGGCUUACUCCUCUCCUGCAAGCAGUCUACCUCUUUGUUCAGUACAUACUCAUGGUCAACCUCCUCAUUGCUUUCUUCAACAACGUGUACCUGCAGGUGAAGUCCAUCUCCAACUUGGUGUGGAAGUACCAGCGCUACCACUUCAUCAUGGCCUACCACGAGAAACCGGUCCUGCCACCCCCAUUCAUCCUCCUGUGCCAUAUCUACUCACUCUUCUGCAUGUGCAGGAAGAGAAAGAAGGAGCACACAUACGGACCAAAGCUGUUUCUCACAGAGGAAGACCAGAAAAAACUUCAUGACUUUGAGGAGCAGUGUGUCGAGACCUACUUUCAUGAAAAAGAUGACCAGUUUCACUCAGGGAGUGAAGAGCGCAUACGUCUCACCUCCGAAAGGGUUGAGACGAUGUGCAUGCAGCUGAAGGAGGUGGGCAACAGGGUCAACUUCAUCAAACGCUCUUUGCACACGUUGGACUCCCAGAUUGGUCACCUUCAGGACCUCUCUGCCCUCACUGUGGACACCCUAAAGACGCUGACAGCACAAAGGGCAUCAGAGGCUAGCAAGGUUCACAAUCGUAUCACCCAAGAGCUCAGCCUCUCCAAGAACGUUGUCCCCAGCAUAGUUCCCGGGGUAACGGACACAGGCCCCCAGUCCAAAUCCUCCGCAAUAGGAAAACGGAGCGUGGGGGCCUACUUUGGCUCAACUUUUUCCCAAGCUGGAGCUAACAUAGCAGACUCACUUUUUGGGAUCGGCGCCGGAGAUGCAACUGAUCGUAACCGUAGGGUCGUGUUAAGCCCCGUGCCAGGACUGGGGAACGAUCCCAAUCUGAGUCCAGAAAAGAGGGGCUUGUUCGGCCUCGGGCACCUUGCUGCAGAGGCUGGUUCCUCCAGCAGCGGCGCCCCCUGUGCCUUUGUCCAAAGUGCUGUUUCCCCUCCGGAGCUGCGUCUUCGGGGCCACUCCUUUACCCUCAGUAAGCUGACCCGUCCACAUGAGCCGGACUAUUCCGACUCGCCAUCCAGCCUGCCCAACGUGCCUUCACGCGGGGCUCACUUCCACAUCAGCAGCACGCCUUCCCAGCCCAGCGUCUCAAGCCAACCCGAACUCUCCUUGGCUGGGCUUUGCCAGCAGCCGCCUGACAGCGCCGUUGUAGAGUUUGGGGCAUUUGUUGGACAUAAAGACAGUGUUAACUUCCAGCACUCUACACCGAAAGAGACUUGCAGCCCACAGCACAGCCCGGCUACAAGCAGCAGACAACAGGGUCCGCCUGAUGGUCAUGGUCACAUCAGAGCUGUCAACUCCUAUGCUGGCUUUACUGAGUUUGACAGGAGCCCAGCUUUUCUUCACCCCAACUCAACUCUGAGAAAGAAGGACCGAAGCCGAGUAUCCGCUGAAGACAUCCUCAUCCAUGAGGAACCGAGGUCUUCAGGGCUGGGAAGAGUUCAGGUCAAAUCAGCGCAAGCCAGCAGCCUCCAACCCCCUGCAGAGGACACAUUAACUGCUUCUGUCUCACUCUACACACCUCGCCACACCCACCUCGGAUCCAGAAAAGACUCUAUUGGUUCACCUUUCAAGCCCAUGGAAAACUACCAGUACUCAGCUGUUGAGCGCAACAACCUUAUGAGACUGUCCCAAAGCAUCCCCUUCACACCAGUGCCACCAAGAGGGGAGCCAGUGACCGUGUACCGCCUGGAGGAGAGCUCCCCCAACACCAUCAACAACAGCAUGUCUUCCUGGGCCCAGCGCGGCCUCUGUGCAAAAAUUGAGUUUCUGAGCAAGGAGGAGAUGGGUGGCGGCCUGAGACGGGCCCUCAAAGUCCUCUGCACCUGGUCCGAGUAUGACAUUCUCAAACCGGGACACCUGUACAUUGUCAAGUCCUUCCUCCCUGGGGUGGUCCAGACCUGGCAGAGCAUUUACAAGGAUGACACUGUGUUGCAUCUUUGUCUCAGGGAAAUACAACAGCAGCGAGCGGCUCAGAAGUUGACGGUCGCCUUCAACCAGAUUAGACCCAAGACUAUUCCUUACUCACCAAGGUUCUUGGAGGUGUUCCUGCUCUACUGUCACUCGGCGGGCCAGUGGUUCGCCAUCGAAGAGUGCAUCACAGGAGAGUUCCGGAAGUUUAACAACAACAACGGCGAUGAGAUCGUCCCCACUAACCUGCUGGAGGAGACCAUGCUAGCCUUCAGCCACUGGACAUACGAGUACACGCGAGGCGAGCUGCUGGUGCUCGACCUGCAGGGGGUUGGCGAGAUUCUGACAGAUCCUUCCGUGAUAAAGAGCGGCGAGAAAGGUUCGUACGACAUGAUCUUUGGACCUGCCAACCUGGGCGACGACGCCAUCAGGAACUUCCGGGCGAAACAUCACUGCAAUUCCUGCUGUCGGAAACUCAAACUUCCUGAUUUAAAGAGGAACGAAUACACGCCCGACAAGGUGACGUUCCCUCAAGAAGACCCGCCCAAUCCUGGGGGCGGAGCCAAGGAGCCCCGCCAAUCAAUGAGGCUGCUGUGAUGGCGUUUUAGGAGCCGUCGAGUCUUUUCGCUGCUCUCCUCCAAUCGUAACCGAGGAGCCAAUCAACUGGAAGAAACCCCACCUGAUGUGUUUCCAUGGAAACCACGCCGGAAAGUCCUCACACAGUCAUGUGAACGCAUGAGAAGGUACAUGAAUUACUCCGGAAGGCUUUUAUUAUAAAAUAUUAUUUAUUGACGUUUGUUGCUGUUGCCUUGUUUUAAUAUAUGAAAAGAAAUUAUUGUGUGACAUCUGUUACAUCAUUUGUAUUCUUCUGAUUUUGUGCGAACACUUAUAGCCACCCUUUUUAUCAUCUUUAUGAAAUCUUCUAAGAACAAUGGGCAGAUUGCAAUGCAACUCUUAUAGGACAUUGUGUCACGUUUUGUGUGUUGAAAAGUUUGUUCAUGCCUUUUCUUCUUCUUUUUUGAAUGGUUACAAAGGUACUAUUGCAAUAUCUUUGCCAUGGCUUGCAAGUCCUAUGAGCAGAUGACAAGCUUGUGUAUCUUAUAGAUACUGCUGUCUGCAUGUACUCAUUAUACCAAUAUUUUAUUCAGGGCACACUUAAAGGGUAUUAUUAUUACUGUAUACAUUUUGUACUGAACUUCAUUUUAAACUAAUAAAAUCUUAAAUCUCA